AUGUGUAAUGAACAAGAAACUAUCCUUAAAUCACAUGUUCAACUUUAUUGGAACAUUUUAACCUCACUUACAUCUCUUUUAGAACUACAAGAUCCAAUUGCUCAAUGGAGAGUCGAAGCCUCAAUGGCCUCAUUAUUACGUUUACCUGAAGGUAUGGUCUAUAACUCUGAAGGGCUCCCAGUUUUCUUAAAAUUCUUGGGUAAAAUUACCAAUUUCAACUCAUACUCAUCCUCAUCUUUUUCUGCAAUGACAAACUAUCUACCGAUCCAAACUGAUGAAUUUUUAAAUUGGAAAUUAAAAAACAAAGAUAUAAUAAUUAAAACAAUUAGAGAUAGAUAA